AUGCGUCAUAGUCCGGGUACUGGAGGUGGACAAACCGGAACCCGGGAGAGCGGGGGCCUGAGCCGAUACCCCGUCUUGGUUUUCGUGCAUGGCGAAUCCUACGAGUGGAAUUCCGGAAACCCGUACGACGGCAGUGUCUUGGCGAGCUACGGAGGAGUCGUUGUGGUCACCAUCAACUACAGGCUGGGCGUUCUAGGGUUCCUGAACGCCAACUCGAACGCGUACUUCCGGUCGCCGGCGAACUACGGGCUCAUGGACCAGAUAGCGGCACUCCACUGGCUGCAGGAGAACAUCGCCGUUUUCGGGGGAGACCCCACCAACGUCACCAUCGUUGGCCACGGCACUGGCGCGGCCUGCGUCAAUUUUCUAAUGACGUCCAGCGCCGUGCCUGACGGUCUCCUGUUCCACCGAGCAGUCUUGAUGAGCGGCUCAGGGCUGAGUCCUUGGGCCCUGGUAGAGAAUCCGGCUCGAUAUGCCCAGCAAGUCGCUCGCCAUGCCAACUGUUCGCCAGAUCUACCCCAGCCACAUCUGCUCAAAUGCCUUCGCGAACGUCCGCUGGACGCUCUUUUGGCCACACCCAUAGAAGCCCCAGAGUUUUCCUCUGCUUUCGGGCCCUCGAUCGACGGCGUCGUUAUUGACAACGGAGAGCCCCCCAGCGGUGGGGGUGGUGGGGCCAGCAGCAAUGCAGACAGUUCCUCGAGAUACAGUGACUAUAUUAGUGCCAGUGGUAGUAGUUCGGCUUCCGGUGGUAUAAACUCGCUGAACAGCGUUCUCUUGAGAAAGUCUGUCGUCUCGAAGCUAUCGAGGUACGACAUGCUUCUUGGUGUCGUAAAGGCCGAGGCGUACUUCGCGUUUUCUGGCGAGGACGUUCAAUAUGGCAUCGAAGCGGACAGACGCUCCAGGAUAUUAAGGACAUUUGUGAGAAACACAUACCGGUUUCACCUCUCGGAGAUUCUAGCAACAAUUGUGAACGAGUACACAGACUGGGAGAGGCCAGUGCAGCAUCCGAUAAACAUCAGAGAUGAAACUCUGGAGGCCCUAAGCGACGCACAAGUCGUGGCCCCUGUUGUCCACACAGCAGACCUUCAUUCCGCUGCGAGAAGAAACUCCUACCUCUACGUCUUCGACUACCAGACGAAGUUCGGAGACUAUCCGCAGAGACAAGGGUGUAUCCAUGGGGAGGAGCUGCCGUAUGCUUUCGGGGCGCCCCUCGUGGGAGGGCUGGCUCACUUCCCCCGCAAUUAUACCAAGUCGGAGAUGCUCCUCUCUGAGGCGACAAUGAUAUAUUGGAGCAACUUCGCCCGGACCGGGAACCCGAAUGAACCACAGGAGCCGGACCUGGUACACGGUGUGCGGCAGGAGAGGAACCGCUUCAAGAACAUAGAGUGGACAGCUUACGAGGCCGUUCACAAGAAGUACCUGAACCUAGAUACGAAACCCAAGGUCAAGACUCACUACCGGGCGCAUCGCCUGUCUUUCUGGCUGAAUCUGGUUCCGGACUUGCACCGUCCCGGCGGGGACGACGUUCCACCCUCCCACCACAUGCUUGAGGACGGCGACCAAGCGAUCGGCCCCGGGGGUGGUGACGUCACCCUGGAUGGACGAGCCCGCCCUCCAGGCCCCAGCAGCGAAGGCGUCGCCGUGUCCAAGAAGCCACCGUCCGAAACCACGAGCACGUCUUCAACAGCGGCUCAGGCCGGCGGCAAAGCGGAUGCGGUCAACGCCAACACUUCCGGGACCGGCGUGACGAGUCGAAGCCUGUUGCCGUCGGACUCUGAGAGGAACGUCGAUGACGCGUCCUCAGCUGCAGCUGCAGCUUCCGCGUCGCCACCUCAGCAUCCGGAGGACGGUUUCGCCGCGUAUUCCACGGCACUGAGCCUCACCAUAGCGAUCGGGUGCUCCUUGCUGAUACUGAACGUCUUGAUUUUCGCGGGCGUUUACUACCAGAGGGACAAGACGAGACUGCAUCAGGAGGAAGGCGCCGGAAAGAAGCGAGCAGAGAACGGGCAAAUGCCGAACAGCAUAUGCGGCGAUCUUCAUGUUGUCGACGGGGGCAGCACAACAAAUAUCAAAGGAUCUGACCCCGGAGGCGGUGGGAUAUUAGGUCAACAUCACCAUCACCCACACCACCAUCAUCAACUACCACCGCCAGAAUUUGCGGAUUUGCCACCACCGACUCCGUCAAACAAUUCCUCGUCUGGUACAUCCACUCUGCCCAGACCGCCACCGCCCCCCAAAACACCGAAACCAGUCAUACCAGCACUGCCUAAUCCAAAUCAGUUGCAGAGCUGUGGACCCGAGUCACAACCUCUGUUACCACCCCAUAACAUGCAAAUACUAAACGCGGGACCUGGGGGUGGGGGGACACUAACUAAGAAAGGGGUUGCGCAUAAUAACAAAAUGGAGGAACUGCGUGUGUGACAAGAACAGAAGUCCUCUCACCAGACGAUCACCACUGACGUGUGAAAUCCGCGAGCGACACACACACACAGAGUGAAGUUCGGUGCUGUAUUUAAUGUAAGUCUGAGCUGGAAUUUGGCAGAAAAGUUGAACAACUGUACUUUUAAAUUUUACAAAUUAAAUAAAUUGUGGUUACCGUCGGUAUUCCUCUGAGUAACAAGUGUCAGAAGACGUUGAUUCUCAAAAAAAUAAAAUAAAAUAAAAACAUAGUAUUCCAUAUUGCAAUGAAAAGAUAACCCUCUAGCAAGACACAAAUAACAUUUUGUAUUCAGUGGAUUAAGAUCUGAUAUCGUUCUAUACGUACAGAAGACCAAAGAAUUAUCAAUAAAUCGAGAUAUAUAUGGGUAUAAUAUUAAAAAUGUUUUGCUCAAGAUGACUGACGGCAGAAAGGAAUAAGUUUACUUAACACUACGAUGAUAACGUGGCCUACAUCAAACAUUUAACUUUCCCUCGAAGUUACAAUGAAGAAUGAAAACUGCACAACAGACGGAUUCCAUCACUCGCAUUUCAAAUUCGAAACUUUUCACACACACAGAAAAAAAAUUAUAUUUAGCACCAAAGUCGUUUACCGCACUUACACGUCCUUAAGAACAAACAUUUUCUUUCUGUUAUGAGUAAACAGAAGAAUAAGUUUCCUUCUGAGACAGAACUUUUUGUUUCGAUUACCUAAACAUAAGAAAACAUGUACCUCAGUCCCUGAGGUUACUUAAGAUAACUUAUGAGGACGCACAAUAAGAAUAUAGCAAUCACGUGUUCGCGCGAACUGUGACGUCAGAUCGUGGAUAAAAGAAACAUUAUGCAUUAACGAAGUUUUUGACAUGUGACACAGAUGUUAGUUGGCUUUGCAGUCUUUACUUUUACCUGGUUCUACGGCUCUUUUAAAGUUAACAGCGAUCCAAAUUAAUAAAGUUCCUACAUACACACACGCGACCUUAACAACAGCAUUAUUAACAUUGAUUCAUGUUUGAAGACGUCUGUCUUCUGGGUUAACUUUCUUUAAUGCGCUGAAAUCACUCCAACGUUAAGAGCCAACUUCCUUUGUGAUCAGAUACAAGAAACUUCAUCCGCUCACAUCAGGUCCAGUUGCACGCAGAUAAUAACCGAGACCCGAAAAAUCGGACACGACAUGCAUAAACCAGAUGAAGAGGUUAAUUAAAGGUGAAUAUUAAGAUACCUGAGUAUCUUGAUCAAGAAGCUAUCCUUUCGAAC